AUGAAGGCAAUUCUGUAUAUAUCGUUGCUCUCGCUGCAUGCUUUCAUUUUUGUGAACACCGUAUCCGCACAAGUUCAGCAUAUCAUAGAAAGUGACAUCCUUCCAUAUGACUAUAGAUUUCGUCCAAACAUUGGCAAUGGACACAUUGCCACCAACGUUCUGACCGAUACAGUGUAUAUGAAUGGAGUUAUGAAUGGCUACCGUGCUGACAGUCAUCGUGCGAGGAUUCCUUCAACUAAUGCAAUCAAUAUAACCAUCGAUGACACCGAAACCAGGAAUUUUACACUUAACAUGUAUGAAGGUUACUUUAGACAACAUAUUUACCACGAUGACUGCCAAGUCGAACAGACGUUUUAUGCUCAUCGUUCAGAAAAUAGAUUGAUGGUGGCUGAGAUCAGACUAUGGCGGACCAUCGCAAAUCCAGACGGUGACUUGACUGUAGAAAUUAAUUUAAACCGUGGGAAUGACAGUAGUGAUUUCAACAUGGAGGAUGAUAGUGAAUAUGACGAAUUGACAUGGUAUACCAGCGGAACGACUAUAACACCUGAGACAAAUACCAGUAGCACUAGGCCAUUACAUAUCUAUUGGACAAAGAUUCCCGAUAGCUUAACCCUUUAUGAUGGUCAAUACUCUGCCUCAUGGACCUACAUAACUUCCAUCAGCACGGACAAUGACGACGCACUGGGUGCGUAUGAGAAAGGCGAACAACUAUUACAGUCAAACAAGUUGUUUUCAAGCCAUGUCGAUGCUUGGACGUCACUUUGGGAUAAUGGCAAUAUAGAAAUCAUAGGAAAUGUGUCCCUGGGACAGACAUUCUACUCUUCUAUGUAUUAUAUGUUGUCAUCGACUCCAACAAAGCGUGAUUAUGUCAACCCAUUCAUCGGGCACAGUCCAGGCGGCUUGCCACGUGGAGGUAAGGUAACUGACGAAUUCAUUGGUGGGGCGUAUAACGACUACGCAGGUCACGUAUUCUGGGAUAUGGAUACCUGGGUGAUGCCGCCGAUUAUGAUGUUCUUUCCAAAUAUGGCUACACGGAUGAUUGAAGCUCGAUUACGAGUUCUUGAUACAGUGGAAGACCACGCUACGGAAACAGGUUAUGAAGGUGUCAGGUUUCCUUGGGAACAGUGUUACACAGGUGAGGAGACAUGUCCUUGGCCACCAGCGUCCAUAUAUCAAAUCCACGUCACUGCGGAUGUAUCUUAUUCUAUAAGACAAUAUCUGUAUGCAACACAAGACUUAGAUCUAUUAACUGAUUAUAGAGGUGAAGAGCUAGUGAUGAAAAUAGCAGAAUUCUGGGAAAGUAGAUCUGUGUUAAUUAAUGAGGAUAAGGGGUACGAAAUUUAUGGAGUGAUGGGACCAGACGAAUAUCACGCAAACGUCAAUAAUUCAGUAUUUACCAAUUUUAACGCCAAGCUGAGCUUACAGUUACCAGAGUAUUUGCUUACCAUACUUGAUGAUCCUAAAGAAGAUGCCGAUAGAUGGCGAGAGAUAGCAGAUAAAAUGUUUAUAAUAUUUGAUGAAAAACACCAGUAUCAUCCCCAAUUUGAAGGGUUUGAUCCUACAGUUGUUAUUAAACAGUCUGAUGUUGUGUUGCUUGGAUACCCGCUAAUGAAACAAAUGACGAGAGAAGUUCGUAAAAAUGACCUCACAAUAUAUGAAGAGCUUACGGAUGAAUACGGACCGGACACUGGCACUUGGAGCAUGCAUACCGUGGGGUGGUUGGAACUUGGGGAGGAAGAAAAGGCGGAUGACAUGUUUAAAAUGAUGUUUAGAAAUUUAAAUGGUCCUUUCAAGGUGUUUAGUGAGAAACCAGCAGAAGGUGAAGACGGUGUUCGAUGCGUGAAUUUCAUUACUGGAGCGGGAGGCCUGAUACAAGCUGUUGUGUUUGGCUAUGGCGGGUUUCGUAUUCGAGCUGACCGCCUUGACCUUGAUCCAUACGUGCCAAAGAACUCAGACGCUAUUAAAUUCCACGGAAUUGAUUACCUUGGAUUUGCAUUUACGAUGUCAGUGUCCCAAGAUGAAGUAGAGGUAGGUCCUACGGAAGACAAUAAUGUUGCGUUGGAUUUGAUGAUACUUGUUGAUGCGAGUCAAGAUGUCUAUACAUUAGUCGUGAAUGACCCAGUUACGUUCCCAAAAGGCAAAGCAAGUUUGUUCACUUCCGAUAAAGAGAUAUACGUGGGUGCUGCAAAUACUAAUAUUAUAUAUUUAUCGUUAACGGCAGUCGGUUGUGUUAUCGCAAUACUCAACAAUUCGCAUAAAAUUACCAUUGGCACUGUCACUAUUUUAAUAAUGAUGAUUAUAUAA